AUGCCUCCCUGGAGCAACAGAGUGGCCAUAAAGAAAAUAAAUCUUCAAGGACUGAUCAGGAAGGAAGUAACCUUUCAUGAACUCAUGGUCAUGAAAAUGAAUAAGCACCCAAACAUUGUGAAUUAUUUAAAGAGCUACCUUGUGGAUGGGCAGCUCUGGCUGGUCAUGGAGUACAUGGACGGAGGCACUCUGAGCGAUGUCAUCAGCGAGACCCACCUGUCUGAAGACGAGAUGGCAGCCAUCAGUCGGGAGUGCCUGCAAGGCCUGGAUUUUCUUCACUCGAACCUCGUGAUCCACCGAGAUGUGAAGAGCAGCAACAUCCUUCUCAGAACCGACGGCUCUGUCAAGCUGGGUCAGUGUAUUCUUGGUCAGGUGCAGCACUGA